AUGACUGGCACCAAAGGCUCCCGCCCCCGGGUCCCGUGGGCUGGGCCGGCCUCGGUGCGGCUGGGUGCACGCAGUCGGAGGCGGCGCCGGCCAGGCCGCCGGGCGCCUAUGGACUCGCGGAGCCCGCUGUCUCCCCGGGCCAGCGCGUUCAGCAUCGCCUCUCUGGUUGCAGCAGAGGCCGCAGAGCGCACCGCUCGCUUGGGCCCCGGGUCCUCCGACCCGGUGAAGCUUCACCGGCUCCUGGAAUCCCCGGCCGGGAUGCACUUCAGCACCGUCACCAGAGACAUGGAAGGUGAGCCUCCCCGAAGCGUCUACACCUACCGCCGGCCAGACCCUUGCCUCUGCUGCCGUGGGACCCCAGCAAAGAGGGGCCCCGGGGCCAGCUGCGCGGCCGCCGCCAAGGCGCCGGUGAAGAAGAACGCAAAGGUGGCCAGCGUGAGCGUGCAGCUGGAGAUGAAGGCGCUAUGGGACGAGUUCAAUCAGCUGGGCACCGAGAUGAUCGUCACCAAGGCCGGCAGGCGCAUGUUCCCCACCUUCCAAGUGAAGCUCUUUGGCAUGGACCCCAUGGCUGACUACAUGCUCCUCAUGGACUUCGUGCCAGUGGACGACAAGCGCUACCGGUACGCCUUCCACAGCUCCUCCUGGCUGGUGGCCGGGAAGGCGGACCCUGCCACUCCAGGCCGAGUACACUACCACCCUGACUCACCUGCCAAGGGUGCACAGUGGAUGAAGCAAAUUGUGUCCUUCGAUAAGCUCAAGCUGACCAACAACCUGCUGGAUGACAACGGCCACAUUAUUCUCAACUCCAUGCACAGAUACCAGCCCCGCUUCCAUGUGGUCUAUGUGGACCCGCGAAAAGACAGCGAGAAAUAUGCUGAGGAGAACUUCAAAACCUUCGUGUUCGAGGAGACACGCUUCACUGCAGUCACUGCCUACCAGAACCACCGGAUCACGCAGCUCAAGAUCGCCAGCAACCCUUUCGCCAAAGGCUUCCGAGACUGCGACCCGGAGGACUGGCCUCGGAACCACCGGCCCGGCGCGUUGCCGCUCAUGAGCGCCUUCGCGCGCUCUCGGAACCCCGUGGCCUCCCCCACGCAGCCGAACGGCGCGGAGAAAGGUAGGGCCGGGGUCGUGGGAUCCGGGCCGCAGCCCAGCGUCCGCCCCAGCUGUUGA